AUGGGCGCCGGGGCCAGCGCUGAGGAGAAGCACUCCCGUGAGCUGGAGAAGAAGCUCAAGGAGGAUGCUGAGAAGGAUGCCAGGACUGUCAAGCUGCUGCUGCUGGGAGCAGGGGAGUCGGGGAAAAGCACCAUCGUCAAGCAGAUGAAGAUCAUCCACCAGGACGGUUACUCGCUGGAGGAAUGCCUGGAGUUCAUCGCCAUCAUCUACAGCAACACGCUCCAGUCCAUGCUGGCCAUCGUGCGGGCCAUGACCACCCUCAACAUCCAGUACGGGGACUCAGCUCGCCAGGAUGAUGCCCGCAAGCUGCUGCACCUCUCGGACACCAUCGAGGAGGGCACCAUGCCCAAGGAGAUGUCAGACAUCAUCGGGCGGCUCUGGAAGGACACAGGCAUCCAAGCCUGCUUCGACCGCGCCUCCGAGUACCAGCUCAACGACUCGGCCGGCUACUACCUGUCAGACCUGGAGCGCCUGGUGACCCCCGGCUACGUCCCCACGGAGCAGGAUGUGCUGCGCUCCCGCGUCAAGACCACCGGCAUCAUUGAGACCCAGUUCUCCUUCAAAGACCUCAACUUCAGGAUGUUCGAUGUGGGCGGCCAGCGCUCAGAGCGGAAGAAGUGGAUCCACUGCUUCGAGGGGGUGACCUGCAUCAUCUUCAUCGCAGCCCUCAGCGCCUACGACAUGGUCCUGGUGGAGGACGACGAAGUGAACCGCAUGCAUGAGAGCCUGCACCUCUUCAAUAGUAUCUGCAACCACCGCUACUUCGCCACCACCUCCAUCGUCCUCUUCCUCAACAAGAAGGAUGUCUUCCUGGAGAAGAUCAAGAAGGCCCAUCUCAGCAUCUGCUUCCCCGACUAUGACGGUCCCAACACCUACGAGGACGCAGGCAACUACAUCAAGCUGCAGUUCCUGGAGCUGAACAUGCGGCGGGACGUGAAGGAGAUCUACUCCCACAUGACCUGCGCCACUGAUACUGAGAACGUCAAGUUCGUCUUCGACGCCGUCACCGACAUCAUCAUCAAGGAGAACCUCAAGGACUGCGGGCUCUUCUGA